GUGACAGGAGGUGGCGGUGGAGGGGUGUCCCCUGUGGGACCCCCCCGAGGGCCCCCCCGGCCCCGCUGCCUCCGUCAAUCAGCGCUGGCCCCGCUCCCGGCGCCGCGGACAUGGAGGGCCCCGAGCUGCUCCGGCUCUGGGUGCUGGCAGCCCUGGCCCUGGGGGUGUCCUCGGCCACUGUCCCCGAGCACCACGUCCUCCCCGAGCUCCGCGUCUCCGCCGAGACCGGAGCCAUCUUCGUGCACGAGCUGGAGCGGGAGCCGUUCCUGGAGGCCUUCAGCGGCAGCGAGGAUGACGAUGCCCCCGUGACCUUCCGUGCCCACCUGUGGGAGCGGCCGGACCUGCCGCGGUGGCUGCGCCUGGCCCAGCGCGGUCCCGGCCAGCCCGGCUUCCUGUACGGCUGCCCGCUGCCCCCCGAGCUGGGCACCCACCGCCUCCAGGUGCUGGCCUACAACCGGCGCACCUUCGCCACCGCGAGCCAGCGCCUCGUCAUCGGUGUCACCCCCGCCCCAGGUGGGGAGGCGCCGUUCCAGGCCGAGUUCCUGGUGGGGAACAGGGACGUGGAGGAGCUGCUGCCGGAGGCGGCGCGGGAGAUGUUCCUGGAGGCCGCGGCCGGGCUCUGGGACCGCGGGGACCUGCACGUCAUCAAUGUCACCUCCGCCCUGGACCGCGGUGGCCGCGUCCCGCUGCCCAUCGAGGGUCGCAAAGAGGGGGUGUACGUCCAGGUGGGCUCCCACAGCCCCUUCUCGCCGUGCCUGGUGGCGGCCGUGUCCCCGCAGAGCCGCUCCCGCUGUCACCAAGGCCAGCGUCCCCUCGCCUCCUGCUACGACACCUUCGCCCCCCACUUCUCCAUCCGCUGGUGCAACCUCACCCUGCUGCAGGUGGGGCCCAGCCCCAGCACGCCGGGGCCGGAGUGGGGGCCGGGGGUGCUGGACGAGGGGGGGGGUUUCGAGCCCCCCAGCGAGGUCGCCCCCCGGGAGCUGCUGCCCUCCUUCCUGGUGACGCUGCUGGUGCCGCUGGCGGUGGCCGCGCUGCUGUGCCUGCUCCUCGGCCACCUCAUGUGCUGCCGCAGGGAGGGAGUGGAAAAACGGGAUUUGCAGACGUCUGACAUCCAGCUGGUCCAUCACAGCUCCAUCCUGGGGGACACGCGGGAGCUGCGGCUCAUGGCCGGCCGGCGGGACGUGCCCCGGCCGCUCUCCACGCUGCCCAUGUUCAACGUCCGCACGGGCCAGCGCUCCGACCCCAUGGCCAGCGCUCGCCAAGGGGCCCGCGCCCCCCUGCUCCCACCCUGAGGGGACCCCCGAGCCGCGGGGACAACGCCAGAGCUGGGAACGGCGUGUCCGGGGUGGGUUUUGGGGGGAUAAAACCCCCGCAGGGAGGAGCAGGAGGAGGAGGAGGAGGAGGUGCGGGUCCGGCUGGGCUCUGCCCGGAGGAUUUGGGGUGUCGCCGCUUUCGGGUGAAUUUUGCUGCAUAAAUUGAGGAUUCGAUG